AUGGAGUGUUCCCUCGAGACCCUGGAUCCGGAUGGGGACGCGGUAUUACUGAUCACCGGUGCAGCUUCGGGCCGAUUCCUGGUCUCAUCAAAAAUCCUAACUCUUGCCUCGCCCGUCUUUGCAAAACUCUUUACAUCGGGGUUCCGCGAGGGGAACCAGAUGAAAGAUUCGACUCGUCCGACCCUAACUCUACCUGAGGAUAGUCCAGGUGCCAUGAGGACAAUUCUACAAGCUCUUCACUACCAAGGGUCUGAAGAUGAGGACUCGUUGAGUGCGAGGCAUCUGGCCGUCAUCGCUGUUCACUGUGACAAGUACGACUGCAACAGUGCUCUCCGGCCUUGGAUCUGGAACUGGCUUGGCCGAUUUACUCAUAUCGAGACGCCAGAGGAUCAUGGCUAUCUCCUUCUCGCUGCAUAUCUCUUUCAUUGCGCAGAGCACUAUGCCAGACUUUCUAUCCAAGCCCAAAUUAACCUCCCUCCCCGGUUUGCCGACACCUGGGACGAGGCAGACCUCCUGGGCCUGCUUCCGUCAAGUGCAAAAGGCGACCUAGGCAACCACAUACAGAAACAACUACGGGCCAUCCACGAACUACUUCAAGCGGGCGAGGUAGCUCUUGCAACGGAUAGCAGUUGCGCGCGGAUGGAUUGCCGGUUGUGCAAAUCAUGCGAGAACACUUACCCUGCGACGGAGAGAAAAUGCCCCUUCUGCAGUUCCAGACAGUGGGACAAAGAGUAUUGUACACGGGAAUUGCGCAUUGCUCAGUAUUUCGACAGGCUGACAAGGGCUGGGCUCUGGCCUUCCGUGCGGCCAUUUGAGAAGUGCUCAAUGGCUGAGAUUCGAAUGCGCAUUUCGGAAGCGAAGGGGUAUUGUACCCACCAGUGUGAAGGAGAUCCCUGUCCCCUCGGACUGCAGGUAAAAAUAUUGGUGGAUGCCGUUGAGCAGGCGAUUGCUCAGACUGCUGCGUUGGUCUGGCGGCCAAUCCAUCUUUCAUCGACUGAAUGCGAGCCCGCUCGUUGCUCUACUGAUGAAAUUGAAUGCCCCGUGACACAGACAGCCUGA